GAGCGCCAGUUUUCCACAAAGACUGUGUGCUUCCUGAUACAGUCCACUGUAACUGAGGAGACUCAACAGUGCAUCAUUGUGAAGAUGGCUAGCACAUUCACCAAGAUGAUAUCGGGCCGCACCGCUGGCUUGCUCUUGGCGAGUCUAGGAGCCGGAGCGGCGGCUACCGGAUACUUAAUGAGCGACAGUGCCACCAUUUCUGCAGAGGCAAGGAAGAAACUCUACCCUCCCAGUGCUGAUUUCCCUGACCUUCGCAAGCACAACAACUGUAUGGCCAGUGCAUUGACCCCUGCAAUCUAUGCCACGCUGAGGGACAGGACCACCCCAAACAACUGGACACUUGACCAGUGCAUCCAAACGGGUGUGGACAACCCCGGUCAUCCCUUCAUCAAGACAGUGGGGAUGGUUGCUGGUGAUGAGGAGAGUUAUGAGGUAUUUGCUGAAAUCUUUGAUCCAGUAAUUAAGGACAGACACAACGGCUAUGACCCAAGGACCAUGAAGCAUCCCACUGACCUGGAAGCCUCCAAGCUCACAUCAGGCAUUUUCGAUGAGAAGUAUGUCCUGUCCUCCCGAGUACGCACUGGCCGCAGCAUUCGUGGCCUCAGCCUCCCACCCGCAUGCAGCCGUGCGGAGCGGCGUGAGGUGGAGAGGGUGGUGGUCCAGGCAUUGGCGGGCCUAAAGGGAGAUCUUUCUGGAUGUUACUACAGCCUCACUGACAUGACUGAACAGGAACAGCAGAGACUCAUUGAUGACCACUUUCUGUUUGACAAACCUGUGUCCCCCUUGUUGACAUGUGCAUUUAUGGCCCGUGACUGGCCAGAUGCACGAGGCAUCUGGCACAACAAUGAUAAGACCUUCUUAAUAUGGGUCAAUGAGGAAGAUCACACCCGUGUCAUCUCCAUGGAGAAGGGUGGCAAUAUGAAGAGGGUGUUUGAGAGAUUCUGCAAAGGACUCAAACAGGUGGAGCACCUGAUUCAGGAGAGAGGCUGGGAGUUCAUGUGGAAUGAACGUCUUGGCUACGUCCUCACCUGCCCAUCCAACCUUGGUACUGGCCUCAGGGCUGGAGUGCACGUCCGCUUGCCAAAGCUCAGCCAGGAUCCUCGCUUUGGCAAGAUCCUGGAUAACUUGCGGCUGCAGAAGCGUGGAACCGGAGGUGUGGACACAGCUGCAGUGGGCGACACCUUUGACAUCUCAAACAAUGACCGCCUGGGAAAAUCCGAGGUGGAGCUGGUACAGAUGGUCGUUGAUGGAGUCAACUACCUCAUCGAGUGUGAGAAGAGAUUGGAGAAGGGCCAGGAUAUCAAGAUCCCAUCUCCCAUCGCACAGUUCAGGAAGUGAGCGAUGCUGUUCUGUUAAAGGCUGGAUCCAGUACAGCAGAGAGAAUUAUGGACAAUCCUUCCUUCCAUCCAUCCAUCCCCAAACAGAAGGUCUUAUAUAUGCAGAAGUCAAUAAAAUAAACUCCAAA